AUGGGCCGCAAACAACUACUGCAGCAGAAUUUGAGACGACACCAGAACAACCCACUUCAACCACCGUCCCUUCAGCCUGGCCCACUGAAGACAAGACAACAGAAGGACCUCAACCAACCGUUGAACAGCCAACACCAUCCGAAAGACCACAACAGACAACAGCAGGUGACUUUGAGACAACCGAUGUGCCUAUUACAACGACUCAAGUUCCAACAACAACUCUCGGAACUUCAGAAACAACCAAAACGGCUGUUCCAUCGCAUCCGCCCACUGACACUACCACAGAAACCACUCCGACUCACACUACAACUGCACCUCAAACAACAACAGCUACGACGCUUCCUCCACAAACUCCCAAUCCAACUCCGUCGUGUCCGGCCAACAGUCACUAUAGCUCUUGUGUCUCUGCAUGCGCACCUACCUGCUCUCACCUGCAUGGCCCACCUGGCUGCAGUCAAAUGUGGUUGUAUGGAUGACAGUGGGAAGAAAUAUGACUUUGGCGACGUGUGGUAUUCAAGGCAUUGUAUGGAAAAGUGUAAAUGUGAAAAACGCAGAGGUGUGGGGAAAAUAAGCUGUGAGGAGCAAGAAGAAUGCAGCAGAGAUGCGGUUUGUCUUCAAAACAACAACGGAGAAUAUGUUUGUGAGAAAACAGAUUUUAGUGACUGCACCAUCAACAAAGACCCAGAGUACAGAACGUUUGACGAUCGGAAGCAUGGAUUUGAGGGGGAACACUCGUAUGUGCUUGUACAAACCAACCACUUACCAAAUACUCUGCAGAGCAUUUACAUAGAAGGAAUCAAUGGAUACUCCGAAGACCAUGAAGACAGCAGUGAGGAAAGACGCAGACAUGACGAUGAUGACGAUGAUAGUGACGAAGACAGCAAAGAAGAUAGUGAUGAAGACAGUGACGAAGAUAAGGAGAGUGUACUGAGAGCACUGAAGAUCAGAGUUUACAAUCACACUGUAGUGUUCAAGCCAAGCAGGAGAGUCGUGGUGGAUGGAAACAGAGUUGACACGCCCGUCUCUCCAUCUUCUGGUCUAAAGAUUCAGAAGCGUAGGUAUCGUCUCUACUUGCAAACAGAUUUUGGACUUUCCGUUGAGUUUGACGGGAAAGGCAAAGCAGAAAUCAUGCUGCCCCAUGUGUAUAAGCACAAGGUGGGCGGUCUUUGUGGCAACUUUGAUGGUCACAGACACAAUGACUUCAUGAAGCCAGAUGGGACACAGACUAGAAGUGUUCAGGAAUUUGGAGAGAGCUGGAGAGUAUGA